CCUGGUCAAAUGAUAUGGACUUCUGAGAAACGUGGUGAGAGAAUUGUGCUUGACUCUGGAACUCCCUGAAGCUCCCUUGGAGGUGCAAAGGUGGGCAGGCAACUCCCUGUCACCACUAUCUGUCCUUGAAAGACUUAAAGAAGACCCUGAGCAGAGAGUAAACAGGUUGCACAAUUUCAAAGAGAAGGUUCUUCCAAAAGUAUGUAACAGGCUCAGCUUGGGCUGCGCAGGUAUUUUCUCUUCCCAGCUGGUCAGCAACACCUUGCCUGCAGAGCUCCACAGGCCACCCACAACCUCCCCAUGGAUCUCCUGGGAGCAGCAACCCUUUUCCUGGUCAUCUGCCUCUCUUGCCUGAUGGUCCUCUCAACAUGGCGGCAGAUGCACCGCAAAAGCCAGAUGCCACCUGGACCAACUCCCCUCCCCUUCAUCGGGAACCUGCUCCAAGUCAACACAAGCGAUAUGUGCCGUUCACUCAUGAAGAUUCAUGAGAAAUAUGGUCCUGUCUACACCAUCCACUUAGGCCCUCGCCGUGUUGUGGUCUUGUGUGGAUACGAUGCCGUGAAGGAGGCCCUGGUGGAUCAGGCCGAAGAGUUCUGUGGCCGUGGAGAGCAAGCCACGUUUGACUGGAUUUUCCAGGGUUACGGGGUUGCCUUCAGUAACUGGGAACGGGCCAAACCGCUACGCCGAUUCUCCAUCACGACACUGAGGGAUUUUGGGAUGGGAAAGAGAUCCGUCGAAGAGCGGAUUCUGGAGGAGACUCACUUCCUGCUGGAAUCCCUGAGGGCAACAAAAAGUGAACCCUUUGACCCCACCUAUGUCCUGAGUCGCUCAGUGUCCAACAUCAUCAGCUCCAUCACCUUUGGCAACCGCUUUGAAUAUGAAGAUCAGGAGUUUCUCUCCAUGCUCCGCGUUAUGCUGGAAACCUUCCAGUUUACUUCCAGCUCUUGGGGACAGCUCUACGACAUGUUCUCGGGCAUCAUGCAGCACCUGCCUGGCCCACAAGAUAAAACCUUCAAGAAGCUGUUGGGCCUGAAAGAGUUUAUUACGAAGAAGGUAAAAGCAAACAAGGAGACCCUGGACCCCAACAAUCCUCGGGAUUUUAUUGACUGCUUCCUAGUGAAAAUGCAGCAGGAAAAGGAAAACCCAAACUCAGAGUUCUUCCUAGAGAAUCUCGUUAUGACGACCCUCAAUGUCUUCUUUGCUGGCACAGAAACAGUCAGCACCACCUUGCGCUAUGGCUUCCUGCUUCUGCUGAAAUACCCAGAGAUCGAAGAGAAGAUCCACGAAGAGAUUGAACGUGUGAUUGGCCUGAAUCGCAUUCCCAACAUGGAUGACCGUCCCCUGAUGCCCUAUACGGAUGCUGUGAUCCACGAGAUCCAGAGAUUCACUGACAUGCUCCCUUUGGGGUUAGCAAGACGUGUGACCCGCGAUACCCAGUUCCGGGGAUACUCCAUUCCCAAGGGGACUGAAGUCUUCCCUGUGCUUGGGUCUGUGCUGAGAGACCCCAAACAUUUUGCAAGACCAGAUGUGUUUGACCCCCAACAUUUCCUGGAUGAGAACGGGCAGUUCAAGAGGAAUAAGGCUUUUGUGCCAUUCUCCAUUGGGAAACGCUAUUGCUUUGGGGAGCACCUCGCUCGGAUGGAGCUCUUCCUCAUCCUCACCAGCAUCCUGCAGAACUUCCACUUCAAAUCUCCCAUCCCUCCUGAAAAGAUCGACAUCUCUCCCAUGCUGGUUGGCUUUGCCACCCUUCCGCAUUUUUAUGAGAUGUGUGCCAUUCCCCUCUGAAGGUGGUCAGGUGUUUUGGAGAAGCAGAAACCCAUCAUCACCCAACUUGGCCACCCAAAAGCAGACACACACACACAUGCACACCUAAUGUCCACACACCCAUAAUUUUAGCAAUGGCAAUGUUUGACAUUUUCCCAUUUUCUGGAAUUACUUCUUUGUCUACAUGUUUAGUAUCUUGCUGCCUUAUUUCUUGUGAAUGUUCAUUUUUCUGCUGCACCCCUAAUUGAGGAAGCUGCAAGAUCAAAUAUUUUGUCUUGGUUCUCUAUUCUCUUCUUUUACCUGUACUUCUAUUUAUAAGGCAUACCAGAAUCACAGCUGUAAAAGCAUCCCUCAAAAUUCUAAUGUCAGCUGCUGUUCCCAUGUUGUGAAUAAAGAGAUCACAGAUUUCACUUUGGAGCUGUCCUUUCACCCCACUUUCUUGUAGAACAGUUCACUCUACCCACCAUAUUAUGCCCCCUGACUAUUGAACCUUAUUGAUCUAUUCUAUGCUCACAGAGGCAUAAGCAGAAAGUUUAAUUCAAAUUCCCACCUUUGUUUCCUUCAAAGAUGCGACUAGUCCUAGAGAAAGGAUUCUCGCUUACAAAGUAUCUUUCAUCCACUUCCUAGCUAUAUGUUUAUCUUCUUUAUAUCUAGCCAAAAUAUCAGGAUGUAUAGCCACCUGAGUCAGAGGAAGAUAGGGCUGGGUCUCUUGCAAAUUUCAUGUAAAAGAUUCAAACACAUUUGCCACACUCCCCCUUUAAAAAAGGGAAAGAAGAAGAAGAAGCUCCUUCUCAACUGUGUUGUCUAAAUUAUUUGCGACUGACCAAAAUAUCACAUGUGAUACUCUCUCUUGAAUUAUCAGAUGGGAGUUUCUUUGCAACGUGUGCUUCAAAGUUUGGGGAAAGUUGACUCAGGCACCCAACAGGCAGCAGGGAGAGAAAUAAUCUUGCAUUUUCAGAAUACCAACAGUCCAAUUCUUCUUGGGUUAGUUGGCUAGGCUCCAAAUGGGGAUGGGCUCUUGUUCAGAACUGGGCUGUUCACAUUUCUGAAGAAAGGACCUUUCUGGGCACAUGAAGGAGUCUUCAAAGUCCAACACUCCUGUCAGGUGGUGGUGUGGUUGCUCAAGAGCAAACAGGCAAGACUCCAACCGGUCUUUUCCAGGCUUUAUUAUUAGUGCAAACUAUUUACAGUGAAGAGCGUUGCAAGUUCAUGUCCAGCUCAGUCGCUAGCAG